AAAUUGAAAUUUCAGUUCGAGUACACAAAAAAAAAAAAAAAACAUCAACGGCAAAGCAACUCACAGGAUCCGAUCAGAUCCGUUAAAACUCUCUCUCUCUAUCAUCGUUCUCUCUCUCUCUGUGUAUGUAUAUAUCUGUGUGUGUAAUAUAUGUAAUAAUAUAUAUAUUGUAGUCAAUUUUCCGAUUUUUAACAAUUUCCCCCAUUUGAUUUUUGACAUUUUUGAAUUCUAGGGUUUUGGUUGUUUGUAUUCAGAAAGAUUGUUCAUUUCUGAUAUGUUGUCAUCGCAAAAUUAGGGUUUUGAUUUCGGAGUUGUUGGGAGGGAUUCGAGAUGUGUCCGAUCGAGAGAGAGCUUAGCUAGCUAGGGUUUGGGUGAAAAAGUUUGAGUCUUUUACCCUAGAGUGUAUGAAGAUUUGGUGUUGCCUAUGCUUCAGCGAAGAAGAAGAGGAAGAAGAAGAAGAAGAGUUAGGUGGAGAAGAAGAAGAUUGUUAUUAUUAUUAUUAUAAGAAGGAAGCCAUGGAUGAGGUUGAUUUCGAAAAUGAGGGUAAUUUCGAGGUCAUUGUUGGAAAUGACGGUGAGAAUGGUGAGAAUGGUGAUGGUGAUGAGCUUGACCCUACUGAAGAACGUGAGACAGAGCAAGAUGAGCAUUUGAAAUUGUUUGAAGGGAUGGUUCAAGCUGUGCGUGUUGGUGCUGGUGCUCAUUGGGAUGAUUCUGUUAGUGUUGGUGCUCUUGCUUCCUUGAAAGCUUCGAUGAGAACCUCAAGACGUUCUAAAGGGGAGAGUAGCACGACUUCUUCUUCUUCUGCUGCUGCUGCUGCUGCUUCUGAAGAUUGUGAUCAUGAUUCACAUCAUAAGAGAGCCAAAGUUCACUCUGAUUUUCACGAGUGCUGUUAUUCAACUGCAAUUUCUUCAGUUGCUGGAAAUUCUAGUUCAUCUGGAGACAAGCAUUACGAUAUUACUCAUGGCUCUUAUGUUGCAUCUAAAAAUGAGAUCUUUUAUCACACCUUUAUGCUGAAUAAUGUUGGUGAAGAGAAUCAAUUUGAUCUUAUUGGUGGGAAUGACAAUGAAGGAGAUACUAGUGGCCCUUCAAAAACAGAAGAUUUGGAAAUCCGGAUGGAUCUUACUGAUGAUUUAUUGCAUAUGGUUUUUUCAUUCUUGGACCAUUUAAAUCUUUGCCGAGCUGCUAUAGUUUGUAGGCAGUGGAGAUCUGCUAGUGCACAUGAGGAUUUUUGGAGGUGUUUGAAUUUUGAGAACCGGAACAUAUCUGUUGAACAAUUUGAGGAUAUGUGUCGUCGAUAUCCUAAUGCGACAGAAGUGAAUGUCUCUGGUACUCCUGCUAUCCAGUUGCUUGUUAUGAAGGCAGUUUAUUCAUUGAGAAAUCUUGAGGUUUUAUCUCUUGGGAAAGGAGUACUAGGGGAAGUCUUUUUCCAUUCCUUGGCAGACUGUCAUGUGUUGAGGAGAUUGAAUGUCAAUGAUGCUACACUCGGUAAUGGUAUUCAGGAGAUAUCCGUGAACCAUGACAGAUUGCGUCAUCUUCAACUGACAAAAUGUCGGAUGAUGCGGAUAUCAAUAAGGUGUCCACAACUUGAAACAUUGUCCUUGAAGCGGAGUACAAUGGCACAAGCAGCGCUCAAUUGCCCUCUUUUGCAUGAACUCGAUAUAGGUGCUUGCCACAAGCUUUCAGAUGCUGCAAUUCGUUCGGCAGCUAUUUCUUGUACCCAAUUAGAGUCUUUAGACAUGUCAAAUUGUUCAUGCGUGAGUGAUGAAACACUACGUGAAAUAGCUGGUCAUUGUGGCAAUCUCCGUGCUCUUGAUGCUUCCUAUUGUCCAAAUAUAUCUUUGGAGUCUGUGAGUCUACCAAUGUUGACAGUUCUCAAACUUGACAACUGUGAGGGAAUCACUUCAGCUUCAAUGGCUGCAAUAGCUCUCAGUACAAUGUUGGAGGUUUUGGAGCUAGACAAUUGUGGCUUGUUGACGUCUGUGUCCUUGGAACUUCCACGGUUGCAGAAUAUAAGACUAGUACAUUGUCGGAAAUUUGUGGAGCUUAAUUUACGGAGUAUUGUGCUGUCAUCUAUCAUGGUCUCCAAUUGCCCUCUUCUCCAGCGCAUCAACCUAACUUCAAGUUCACUUCAAAAACUAUCAUUACAGAAGCAAGAGAGCUUAAAUCAAUUAGCAUUGCAAUGCCAAUCGUUGCAAGAAGUGGACCUUACAGAUUGUGAAUCUCUGACAAAUUCUAUAUGUGAUGUCUUUAAUGAUGGCGGUGGAUGUCCUAUGCUUAAAUCUUUAAUUCUUGCUAAUUGUGAGAGCUUGACAGCAGUGCAAUUCUCUAGUACUUCCUUAACCAGUCUUUCGCUAGAUGGUUGCCGGGCAAUUACUUCUCUCGAUCUCAACUGUCCUAAUCUCGAGAAAGUUUCUUUGGAUGGUUGUGAUCACCUUGAAAGAGCCGAAUUUUUCCCUGUUGGUCUUCGGUCACUCAAUCUUGGAAUAUGUCCUAAACUGAAUGUACUCGGCAUUGAAGCACCUAAUAUGGAGUUGCUCGAGUUAAAAGGAUGCGGUGUGUUGUCCGAAGCCUCCAUAAAUUGUCCACUCUUAACAUCUUUGGACGCAUCGUUUUGCAGCCAACUCAAGGAUGACUGUUUGUCUGCUACAACUGCUUCUUGUUCCAAGAUUGUCUCAUUAAUAUUGAUGUCAUGCCCGUCUGUCGGUUCUGACGGGCUCUACUCAUUAAGUUCUCUUCAGCAUUUGACUGUGCUUGAUUUAUCCUACACCUUCUUAACAAAUUUACAACCGGUUUAUGACUCGUGUGUAAAACUCAAGGUGUUGAAAUUACAAGCGUGCAAGUAUUUGAACGAUUCAUCAUUGGAACCUCUUUACAAGGAAGGCGCUCUACCGGCUCUCGAAGAACUCGAUUUGUCUUAUGGAACCCUCUGUCAAUCCGCUAUAGAGGAGCUUCUCUCUUGCUGCACACACCUUACUCAUGUGAGCUUGAAUGGCUGUGUAAAUAUGCAUGACCUGAUCUGGGAUUGCAGUACUGGCACUUCCGUUACAUCCACCAUGCUUUCACUCGAGAUUGAGGGUCCCGAAGCUGUUGAGCUGCCUAAUCGUUUACUUCAGAACCUCAACUGUGUUGGCUGUCAAAGUAUUAAAAAAGUUCAUAUUCCCCCAGCGGCUCGGUGUUGCCAUUUGUCAUCACUAAACCUAUCUCUCUCUUAUUAUCUAAAGGAAGUUGAUCUUGCUUGUCUCAAUCUUUGCUUUCUUAAUUUGAGCAACUGCAACUCUUUGGAGGUGUUGAAGCUCGAUUGUCCUAGGUUAACUAGUCUGUUUCUUCAGAACUGCAAUAUUGAUGAAGCAGCAGUCGAGGUGGCCAUAUCGAAAUGCAGCAUGUUGGAGACGCUCGAUGUUCGCUUUUGUCCAAAGAUAUGCGCGAUGAGCAUGGGAAGAUUACGUGGUGCAUGUUUGAGUUUGAAGAGAAUUUUCAGCAGCUUGUCGCAUGCGUAAAUUUACUGAAACUUGUCUCAAUUUUUCUCUUUUCUUUGUUUUGUUGUUGUUUUGCUUCUUCUUUUAAUCUUUAAAAUGCGGCGAAGCGGCUUGGCUAGUUUAUUCAUGAUGAUGGGAUGGGAUGGGUUCUCUUGUAUUUGUAUUUGUAUUUGUAUUUGUAAAUGGAAUGUAUUUUGUUAUUUGUUUUUGAGUAUAUAUAAGGGUAUUUGAUGAUUAUUAUAAUUAUCAUAAUGAUGAUGUUGUUGUAGUAGUUUUUCUCUAUUAUAUGUAAUAUGUUACAAUAAAAAUCAGUUUGUUUGUC